AUGGCGACUAAAAACACCGGUAAAGGUCACAGGAAGUCGCAAACGGUCAAUGGCGAAAGAAGGGUCAAAAACCAAGCCCAGGGUAAAACCCUGCUGGAAAGGCUAGGAAUGGCGAAAAAGGUGGAAAAAGGGAAUAGAAACAACAACAGUGGCAGCAUCAAGGAUGUGGGUCUUCGUGUGGUCAACGGACGGUUGGUGAGUGCCAACGACGUCGGGGUACUACUCAGGGAAGCAGCAGCUCGCACAGAGCCAGCACAUAAAAACGCGAAAAGAGCACAGCAGAACGGCAAGAGUGUGAGGCUGGUGAACGCCAGAACGGUGAAACAGCGAACCUCGGCCACAGGUACUGUCACACGCGUCGAAAGUAGCGUGCAAAGACGCGAAAUGGCCAGAAGUCGCGACCGUGCAGCUGUGCAGCCCUAUGGCAAGGACCUGUAUCUCACGGUCAACACGGCCGCUCAAAUGCGGUUUUUGAGACUCCGCAACCUUCCCUUGGGGUCCGAUUCGCAGUCUUUGGCCGAAGCUGUUGAGAAAAUCGCCGGGGUAGCGGUGCAGAAAACCUCGAUCAUCGAUCUGCCCUCGGGGUCUGUAACUGCAGAACUCUGGCUCCAGAGCUCCGAUGCGCGUGUUCUUUCAGAAGCUCAAAAACGGCUCGAUCGUGCCAAUGUCAAUAACCGUGUGAUCUCGGCCGAAAUUUGCUCGACCUAG